AUGUGGCUAGAUUGCAAUACAUACACUCAAAUAACAUCAGUUUUUAAUAUCCAACUACUACGGAAAAAGUGUGAGUGUACUAUUUGGAAAUGGGAAUGGAACGUUAGUGUCAAUCCGAAUUCGAUUGUCUCGACAGACUUUAACAGCAAUCAUCACAUGGAUUUGGUUACUUUCAAUCAGGGUGAAAACACCAUUAGUAUUUUGCAUGGCGAUCAGAGUGGAACGUUUCAGACAUUGGUGAAAUACAAAGUGGACACUCAACCUACUGCUUUGUUAGCAGGUGAUUUCAAUCGUGACAGUAAAAUCAACAUCGCCGCUGUCAACUAA